AUGUCAACAAAAAUACUGUAUGGUGAUAUUUGUGAAUUGUUUCUCGAACGCAGAUAUAUCAUUCUUUCACGACCAGGAUAUAUUAAAAAACUUUGUGCUCCUGCGCAAUAUUACCAGAGACUUCCAAAUUCUCCAGGUACAGUUGAAUUGGGAAUGUUAGAAACAGAUUUUUCAGGAUGGCUUCACGCAUUUACUAAUGAUGUUACUUCAGUACUUGCCACUGGAAAGCGCAUGUAUUCAAUUGCUUCUUAUUAUAACACACUAAGUAUUAACAAAGCCAAACUUUCUCAUGCGCUAGUUCAAGAUAGCAUUACGUUCCAAUAUUCAAAA